CAGCACCAUUUCUCUUCUUUUCCUUUCACCCUCUCAGUCUCAUCGACCAGGACGUUUACGGCUUCUUUAAGGUUCUUUUCCGUAGCGGAGAGGGAUGACGACAUGCAUGGUCCAUGAUUUCUGUUUUGCGCGAUGCCGACGGUCGGAACGGAGUCAUCCGCUUCAUGCAAUGCGCGGAAAGUCCUAUUCCCUGCAGCCGCACACGUUAGACGUCUCGGAUAGUUUUCUGGUCACACCCGGCGGUCUGGUUUGGAUCGUCGUUGUUUUGCGAUUAACGGCAAGGUUGGUCGAUGCGGUUUUCAGCUUAGAGGUGCGCAGGCCAUGAACACGGACUGAAUGACAGUGUACAAGCGUGCGCAUAAAACGUUCUAUGGGCAAAAUCAAGGCGCGCACCACGUGGGCUCUCGGAGAUGGCCUGAUGGGUUCAUAGCCGUGUAGGAUAGUUG